AAAAAUAUGAGUAGUGUGAAGAAUUAUUACAAAAAUGAUGGAGGGAAACAUCCACAAAAGAGAACAGAAAAACCACAAAAAGAAGAACCACAGUUAUUACCUCAACCUAAACAAUCUUAUGCCGAGUAUAACUAUAAUGCAGAAACUAAUGACAACAGUAAAGAUUUUGAAGCUUUUAUAAAGACUGCAACUUCAAUAGAUGGGCAGUUUGUUUUAAAAUCUGAAAAAAAUUGGUCUACAGAUAUAUUAGGAUGUUUUGAUUACUUUACUUUAGAUUUAAAUUUACUUUCCGCUGCUAUGAAGUGUAUACCUUUUAAUGAAUAUGUUAAAAUAAAGGAUGAAUAUUUUACAGCUGAUCAAUUAACGAGUUUUUACAAUACUGUUGAGGAAGGAAAAGAAGCUUAUAAUAAUAUCCUAUCUAAUUUAAAAGUUUCUAGUUCAUCUAAUAUAACGAAUUUAAAUAAAUCAUUGGAAAGUGAAGAAAAACUAAAGAUGAAUUUAGAUCCGAAAAAGGCUAUGAGUGACAAUAAAACAUUUGUAGCUAAGAUACAAGAUGAAAGUGAUGAUAGUGAUAAUAUGGAAGAAAAUUUAGAUUUCUUAUUGUCUCUUGAAUCACCCAGCUUACAAAGCAAUAAAAAACAAAUGCCUUUAACAAAUGUACUAUCCAAAAAUGAUCUCAAAACACAGUCUACUACUUUAUCAACCAAACCAACUGAUCUUGAAACUUGGCUAGAUACAAUAUUAGAUGACUAAACUUGAAAUUUGUAUGUUUAUUCAUAAAGGAAUCUUAAAAAUUUAAUAAUAAGAUUGCAUAUAAAUAAGAAAAAUAUUAUUACAAAAUAAUUAUAAAUUUUCUGUAAUAAAAUACAAAACAAUUAGAUUGUUUUUGUUAUAAUAAAAAAUGCAAAUUUUGUAUUAUACUGUAAAAGAAUAUAGAUUACUUAUUAAUAUAUUUAAUAUUAUAUACUUAUCGUAUACAGCAUGUAACAUAAAAAUCAAUAUGAAAACUUGUUAGUAAGAUAUUCAUGCAUAUAAUCAUAAACUACAAGCAUAAUGGCUCCUCCUGGGCCCAAUCUCAAUACUUUUGGCAAUAAACCUUUGUAUAAAGCUUUGAAACUGAAAUAAAAAAAAAAUGAGUAAAAUAUAAAUAAUACUUAA